AUGGAUGUUUAUCAUUCAAUCUUGCUCUGUAUACUGCUUGCUAAUUUUAUUGAAGAACACCAUUCCAAGGAAUUAAAAUGGCUCACUGUUGAAAGUGAUCAAUAUGAAGUGACCGUUGGAUGUGACAUUGAUCUAAGAUGGAGAAUACUCACUGAUAUUCAAAAUGUCUCCUUCUUCAAGAUCAAAGGAGAAAACAUUACCAAAAUUAUAACAAAUGGAAAACACACAAUAAAUAAGACAGAAGACGGGAACUUUGAAACAAUAGUUCUGACUAUCAAAAAUGUUACAAUAAAAGACGCUGGUUUAUACAGAGGUAAAAUAGAUUUUAUAGAUGCAUACCGUGACACCAAUUUAACGGUUCAUGCUUUUAAAUGGAUGAGUGAUAUAAAGCUUAUGCAAGUUGAUUUAGAACAGGAUGUGACGAUUAAAUGGGAAUAUGUUAGUGAUGCCGAACAUAAUGUUUCAAUAGACAUGAUUACCCCGGACAAAUUAUUUCCAUUUAGAACAAAGUCUGAAGUUUUAGUACGAUGGAAAAAUGGGGUUGAAAUAAAUAGAAUAAAUAAUGACAGGAUGAAAUUUAAUCUAGAGGAGACGAAUAGUAGGAGGAUUGUGAUGCUAACACUACGAAAAAUUGUUCCUGAUGAUUUUAAAAGAUUGUACGACAUUGUGAUUGAAUUCAGUGAAACAUGUUCUAAGUCUGAAAGAAAUGUUACCUUUGAGGAAGACUUAAAAUUUCAAUGGUUACAUUCGUCAACUACAUCUACAUCAACUAUUCAUAAAGAUGUGGAAUUGGUUUGGAAAUAUCAGUGCCUUAAACUAGCGAACAGAAUAAUCAUCUAUAAGAAGAAAAUGAACUCACUUGAACCGAAAACACAGAUUGUUAAGUGGACAACGGAAGAUAAAUUUACACUGGAUCAACCUAAUGUUGAAUUAAUCAAGUCUUAUAUCAUUCAUAAUAACAAUGAUGGUGAAUUGCUAAGACUGAAAGUGAUAUUUCCCACAAACGACGAUUUCCACUGUAUUUACACAUGUCAAGUAUACUACGGAAUUGUGAAUUCUAAUGAAUCGGAGAUUCAACUGAACUUGAAAGGAGCAACUGUCUAUAGUAACACUACCACAGUUAGCGAUUAUCUUACAAAAGAUGUCAUAUUUGUAUGGCAUUAUCACUAUGAUUUCCCAGCAGAAGCCGUUAUAUUUACACGUACCCAUUUGUCAGAUCGCAAGUACGGCGUUGGAUUCUGGAAAAAAUCAACAUAUUUUAAACUAACACUAGAAGAUGAUAAGAGGCAACUACAAUUUAAUAUAAGCGAAGAGCCCGUGACAAAUGGUGUGGAAGGGGACGUAAUUCUAAUAUGGCGGAAUGUAACAAUGAAAGAUGCAGAAUAUCACUACACCUGUCAAGUUACAUUUUCUGAUGGACAAGCAAAUUCUUCUGGUAUAAGUCUCCAUGUAAUAACCCCUUUGAAUACAACUGUACAUAGUAUUGUACAACCUGCUCCUAUAUAUUGGCCAAUAGGAUUGGUGCUACCUGUCCUGGCAGCAUUGGUAAUAGUACUAGUAGCAGUGAUUAUAAGAAGGAAACGACGAAACGACGAAAGCACACCAGGAAACGACGAAAGCAAACCCAUGAUAACGAUAUCAGAUACUCGUACCAUUAAACCGCUAGAGUAUGAGGAAUAUCGAGCAUGGAUGAGAAAUAAGGCUUUUUUAAUUACCGGACUCAGAGAUAAACUUACGGAUGUAACAAAUAAGCUUGGAGAAAAGAAUGUUUUAGAUGGAGCCAUGAAAGGAAUGAUUCUUGGUGUAGCUAAGACAAACCUACCAAGUGGUGCCAACAUGCUGGUUGAUUAUUUAUCAGAAUAUGGUGAUGAUUCAUUUCAGAAAAUUAUGGAAGCUUUUGAAUCGUGUAAUUUUGCUGACGCUAAGAAAAUACUUGAAUUAGAAUUGAAAAGAAGUCAAAGAAUGAAAGAUGACGAUUAUGAAAUAUGGACCCAUAACCACAUCCGUUUGGUAAAUGACUUCCUAACGACCCCGGCCAUUAUUGGUGAAUUAAGAAAAAGGUUAAUCAUAAACGAUGUGGAUAAUAAAGAAUUGGCUAUACAUCUAAAGAUUGGUAAAAGAACUCAAGCAAUUAAACUAUUAGAUAUUUUAACUGAACGCGGAACUGAUGUUCUGGCUGAAAUCAAUGCUGUUCUGGAAACCUUUGAUCUACCGAAAAUAACAGCGGUGGCAGGUCCAGAGCAGAAUAAAGCAAUGAGAUAUGAACACUAUAAAAUAUGGAUGAGGAACAAGACUUAUUUAAUCGAGAAACUGAGAGAUAAGUUGGGCGCUUUAACACAGAAAUUAUCCAAAGAACAAAUCUUAGAUAGAACUUCUAAAGCAGAAAUUGACAGCACAGCUGAUGUUAACAAAGCCAGUGGUGCAUACAAACUGAUAAAUUUGUUAUCGGAAAAUUGCGAAAGUAUGGUUGACAAAAUUAUACCAGUACUGAAAUUUUGUGGUCUGACAGCAGUAGCUUAUAAGCUUACAUCGGAUCUGAAAUGGAGUGGAAGAAUGAAAGACGACGACUUUGAGUUAUGGAAACGUUGUCGAACCAAAAUUGUUAUUAAUAUCCAGUAUGACUUAGAUGGUAUAAAUGAGGAACUAAAGAAAAGGGGGAUUAUAAAUGAUGUGGAUAUAGCGGAAUUGACGGUACAUAAAGAGAGGGGUAAACGUGUUUCAGCUAUAAAGUUGGUUGAUAUACUGUGUGACCGCGGCAAAGGUGUCCUUCCUGAGAUCCGAAAAGUCUUUAAAUCACGCGGCUUUGUAGGAUUAGAAAAAGAUCUGGAACGUAACAGAAAUGUCAACGACACCAAGUAAAGCUAUAAAGUUGAUUGAUAUACUAUGUUACUGCGGCAAUGAUGUCUUUCCUACAUUUCAAGAAGUCAACUUUACGCUGUAUACAAAUUAAUAGUUCAAUCAGUAUUAUAAUUCCGUGGUUUGGCCUAGAAUAAAUGCAACAGAAUUUCUGUUUGCUGCAAAUAGCUCCCCAAACUAACUAUCCUGGACAAAAUAUUAAAAAUGUAGAUUAAAAUAAGAGAGGGAUGACCGCCAUUCGUCAUAUUUUUGGUCAACUUUACACUGUAUACAAAUGAAUAGUUAAAUCUGUAUUAUAUUUCCGUCGCGUUUUCGGGUAGAAAUCGUGGAACAAGCUUUACUUUGAAGAUUUCGACGUUUAGUAACAAAAGAACAAUGUUGACAUUUUUUCUGAGUAUGUAUUCGUAGUAUGGGGCGCCAUGCCGCCGUUAUUUGGAGGGUAGCCAUUUUGCGAUAAUAUUCCAACUCAUUUUUUUUAUUUUCAGCUUAUUUAUAAUGUUAUCGAUAUAUCAACUAUGAUUUGGCACUGUAUUAAUAUUGGCGGGGGUCAUGACCAUAUUUCUGAUAUUUUCAUCACUUCAUGAAGAUAUUUCCAAGAUGGCGGCCAGUUUUGGCGGGGAAAAUGGGACGAUGUGCAGAUUUUGAUUAAGUAGUAGUGUUUAGUAUAAAUAUAUAUGUUUUCGGGGGCGUAUAUUCCAUUUAUGACAUUCACAACCUUGUAAAAUGACAUGUUCAUAUAUUUAGCAUAUUUCCAAUAUGGCUGUCAUUUGUGGUGGAGAAAAUGGGACGGUGUGUUGAUUUUGAAUACGUAGUCGUCUUUGGUGUCCAAAUGUAUGUUUUCGGGGGCGCCGAUUCGAUUUCUACCACAUACAACUGCGUAACGUGAUUGUAUAUUAACUGAUUUGUAGGCGGUUAGCUUAUGCCAUAUUCACGGAAGCCGGUACCAUGUCGUACCCAUUUGACUGCAGAAAACAAUAUAACUGUCUUUAUUUUUGGCUAAUCAAAUCAACUUUUGAUUUGCAGCUUUGGGUAUUUGAAGUGCAGUUACAAACUAUUACACUCAAUAUUAAUUAAAUGUCACAGUUUACAUUUUAUUUAAAUUGAGAGACCACCCAAAAGAAUGGGUGGUGGUUAUCGCUUAAAUAUAUUUUUCAAGCUUUUUACGAAUUCGAAUUCACCGAAUUUUGCGAACGGAAAAAAAACUGUGUGUUUUUUUGACCGAGUUUACUAAUUCUUUCUUUUAUGGGUGCCCUGAAAAAAAAGUCAUUUCCACCUGCAAUUUCCGAUUUUCAAAAUUCGUCGCUUUGAUUUCGAUCCGGAAGUUGCGACCAACUUGAGAACUUCUUUAAUUGUUAGGGAUCACGGUAGCUAAGUGGGUAUGACGCUCGGUUUGCUAGCCUGGAGGUCGGUUGUUCGAUCCCUGCAUUGGCCGAGAAAGUUCAUCACGAUUUUCCGGCGUGGUUCCCCUUGUCAAUGAUGCAGGACGGAGGGCCUGACACGGACAGCUGUCUAGUCGUUCGGAUGGGACGAAAAACCGAGGUCCCGUGUACACAUUGACGUGCAAGUAAUAGAUCCCUUGACAGUGCCGCGGCCAUAGUGCCGCUGUCCGGGCAAAAUUUCCCUCAUAGCAGAACAACAGGACGUUAAACCCAUUUCAUUUCAUUUCUUUAAUAGUUGCACGAUUUUCAUGAAAUUUGGAACGUAAGUAGACCUCAUUGAUUCAACUUAACGAUAUUAGAAAUUUCCCAACUUAUUUCUCUUGGAGAAAUUAAGGAUCAAAUUUUUGAAAAAAUCGAAAAAAAAGUAGGUCAGAAAGCCUUGAUUUUUUUCUGUACUAGCUAAGAAAUUACUGAUGCGCACACGAAAUAUAGUGUUUGUCGAUCGAUCCAUUUUUCGGUUAAUCAUCAACGACCGUUGGACUGAAGAUCAUAUUCAAAUCUAAUGAAAAUCGGACCCAUCAGAUGGCAUCGAGAGUUAAAUUAUGGUCUUGUCAUGUUAAUAAAAUGUUUAAUUAAUAGGCUAUAUAACAUUUCAGGCCUGAAGAAAGACCUGCAAUAGGCAGAUUUAGCUCUUGCAUAACGUAUGUUUAAUAAUGGCCAUAAAUAACGCUAUUAACAUAACUGUACGCGAUUUCAGUAGAUUAUCUACGAUAAUUAUGUAUGGUUAAAUGGUCGAGAGCGAGACAUUAAGUAAUAUAUUGAUACUGCACGAGGCGUUAACCGAGUGUUGUUUCAAUAUAUUAUGCAAUGUCUUUAGCUCGAGACCAUUAAACAAAUUAAAAUACAGACACUAUCCCGCACGUGCUUUUCAAUGAAAUACGCCACGCGAGUCCAAUAUUCCAUCAAUUAAGUGUACGAUUGGCAAGUUGCCCGUACAUUAUUGGAAAUAAUGGUACGCCAAUAUCAAAGGAUGACGUCACAUCUGUAUUUUAAAUUGAAUUAUACAAAACCGCUUGACACAUCGCUGCGAUAUGAUUGGUUUAAUUGUAGAACAGGAUGUGGAGGAAGGGUCCGGAAGGAAGUCGGUUACUAUGCGACAAUAGCAGGCGCUAAUUUUUCUUUUCUUUAGAUUUGUUUACUCUAAUUGCACUUGAUAUAAUAGCAGGCUCUGUUUUUUUUCAGAUUUUUUGUAGUGAAUUUUGCGAGACAGACUAAAUUAAAUCACAAGAUAUAAGUUAUGUAUAUUUCAAAAUAUCAUCACAAAUCAGUAAAUAUUUAACAUCAUACAUUAUCACUAUCAAAUAUAUCACAGUCAAUUAAAUAUAAUUAAAUUACAAUAAAUAUGAGUAAAAUGUAAUUAUUUACAGUUGAAAUUUCUAAGAUAAGUCUUUCUCUUUUAAAACGUGUAGCAUUUGUCCAUGUAAACCCGGUUGGAUAAAUGUGAAAACAGAACCCCAUAUAAAAACAUGUACGGCGUAUCUACAAAAAGAAUUGUAUUUCAUCCAUAUCCACAUACUACUCGGAGUGUUUCGUUUAAUUAGACCUAAUCCAACUCACGGAUUUGUCGACUCGGGACAAUGUUUCGGGGAUAUGCCAUACCAUACCCAAGAACUUUUAAAUUUUGUUUAAGUUCAGAAAUAUGUAAAUGGAAUAAAAUUGAUUAUGUUCAUGUUGAUUUAUUAACCCCGUAAAUAUAAAUAGCAAUUUAUAUUAGGCUGAACUAGAUUAGAAAAAAGUUACAAUAAUUUGUAUUUUUUUAAAUUUCUUUUUUGUAUAAUGUGUUCAGAAUUAGUUACAUGUAUUUUAUUUUGUAUAACAUGUUUAGUUACAGAUGUAUUAUGUAAGAAUUGUGUGACGUCACCCUUUGAAUUUGUCGUAUCAUUAUUUAAAAUAAUCGUACGGGUAACUUGUCAAUUGUACAUUAUUUAUACUAGUGAAAUAUUGGACUCGCGUGAUGUAUUUCACUAUAAAAGCACAGUCUCUUGCUUAAGCCAUUGCGUAAUAUAUUGUAAAAACACUCGGGCUUGUGGCCCUUUUGUUGUUACAAUAUAUAUCACAAUAAAUAUAUAUUAUACUAAAAAUACAGACUUGACGUCCUCCUUCAAUGUUAGCAUACCAUUAUUUCAAAUAUUGGACAUUGAAAUGCAGGUGUAGGAUAUUUUCCGUAUUUAAACGCCCUCACUCAGUAUCAAUAUAUUACUCAAUGUCUCGAUCAUUAAGAAAACUUACAAAUAAACAUGGAAUUAAGUUAUAUAUUGCAAUUAAAAUUUUCUAUAAAAGUUUAAAACUUUAUCAUAUAGACCCGGUUGCGCAUACAGAUGUUGUAAGGUCAGCGGUAAUGCUUCGAUCUAAUUGCCUUAAGAUGUUUACAGGCAAUCAGAAUAUGCUUAACACUGCCAAAGGAAGCUAUGGCAUUGUAUACGCUUUAAGAUGAAAAUCUGAGUUCAAAAAUUAUGACUAAUGCGAGAGCGACACAAAACAACUCCAUCCCGCCUGUUGGAUCUGGGAGCCACGCUGUCUGGCUAACCCGGAGGUCCAGCGUUCGAUCCCUACGUUGGCCGAGAAAGUUCAUUGGGAUUUUCCAGUGUGGUUCCACCUUAUUAGUGGUGCAGGACCGAGGGCCUGGCAAGGGAAAACGUAUAGUCGUAUAGCAGUUGGAAUUCGAUAUAUCAGGUUGGCCAGUUUCCUAACAGAGGCUUACUGUGAUGAAGUUUGAUUUUUGCCUACAAGAGCCAAAGACCGUUCUCAGCGGCCAUGAAUAAAAUCAUUAAUAUAUAAUUUAAAAUCUGGGUAUGGUGUUAAACAUUGAGAUAUAGGUAUUUUGUAUUUUUUUAGUUAUAGAUGCAUUAUGUAAAAAUUAGAGCUGUUAGUCCUUGCAAUAAUAGUUCAAAAAUUGAAGAUAAUGAGAAAAAAUGAAUAUAUUGAAAGUUUCAGUCAGUCUGUGCGAAGUUAUGAGUUUUUGAAGUAAAUUGUUAAUUAUCGCAGGAAAUGUUUGUCUCGAUUAUCGUUAUACUUAAAUGUCCGAAAGAGAGCUGCAAUAUAGGCAGAUUUAGCUCUUACUGUUUUGCUCCGACUGGGCUAAUGAAGAUGGUUUUUCGUGACAUGUUUAUUUACCAUGUUUAGAUAUUAUAUUUCUCUUUUCAUUAAUGUUAGUAAAUCAUCGUAUUUUUAUUUACCAUGUUAAAAUAUAUUUAUAUAUUAAUAUUAGUAUAGACAUUAAUAAUGUUUAUUUACCAUGUUUAUGUAUUCUACUUUGUCUUAUUAAUGUUAGUAAAUCAUAGACUGUAAUAUGUUUAUUUACCAUGUUUAGAUAUUCUAUUUUUUUAAUUAAUGUUAGUAAAUCGUACUAUUUUACUUAACAUGUUUAAAUAUAUUUAUGUUAAUGUUAGUAUAGACCUUAAUAAUUUUUAACGAAAGAAAUAUAACUUUGUACUGACUAUUUAAAACAUCUUUAUCAAAAUAAUUGUGAUUGAGUAAAAUAACCCUAAUCCAGUAAGAGGCGUGGCACAUUUUCAAAAUGAUCUCUGGAGAUUACAUUUCAAAUGUAGGUAUCGGAACAAUGAAUAUUUUGUUGGAUUAGUUUCAAAGUAAUUUGCCUUAUUUUAAGGUUACGCCCUUAGUGUAUUUAGAAUAGAGAAAUCUUAUUCUAGAAAGAAA